AUGGAACGCUUGGUUUCAAAUACCAGCAAUUCGAGGCUCUCCAGGCGGUCCAACGAGGCGGUCGUCGAGCCUUCUGUGGAGGCUAGCGUCGAGCUGAGCGACACGGCGGCAUGCGGCUCAAACGGCGGAGUCACGGUUCGGCACCUAAAGUCGCUCCUCGCACGCGCGGACCUGACGUGGACGACGGCGCAGUUCGUGAAGCGUGUAGUCAAGCCGCUCACGGAAGGGAGGGAGUGCAGGUACGUCGACCUGCCAGCGGUGCGUGGCGAGAGCGGCGUGGUGGGCAAGGCGGACGCGUUUGCCUCGCACUGCUGGCAGGGCAGCUUCGCGGACCUGGUCGCGGCAAUCGCCUAUGUGCUCGACGAGGACCAGAGGGUGUGGGUGGACGCGCUCGCGGUGAACCAGCACCCGCACACCCCGCAGCACAAGUCGGACGUCAAGCGCUUUGCAGAGACGGCGGGCCCCGAGCGGCCUCGCCCCAUCCGCCCUGCCUCGCUGUCCGUCGCGGCGAUGAGCGCCGACGACGCACGCGCCGGCAAGAUCAAGCUCGUGCCUCCCGCCGAGCGCAAGCGGUGCGCCUUUUGGCGCGUGUGGUGUCUCGUCGAGCUCGCGGCGGCGCUGGCGGAGAACAAGCCGGUGGUGAUGCUGGUUGGCUCGCGCCAGCCGAGCGGCGAGUUCGAGCCCGACCCGCGCAUGCUGGACGUCGCCCUCAUCCUCGACGCGAUGCUCCCGCAGAUCCUCGGGCUGGCGGACCGCGUCCAGGCGCCGCUGCAGUCCACACCCUCCGCCUCUCCGCCGUUCUCACCCAGCUGCUGCGCCUCACAGGCGGUGCGGGCGGUCAACGCGCUCGCGAAGGGAGCCCUCACCGGCGCGAUGCGCUGCAUGCGCCGGCCAGAGAUUCUGCGCGCCGCGCUCGGCCGCACGGCGCCGCUGCUCGCUCGCUCCUCCGCAGACGCAGACCGGCGGGACGAGAUGGGCCAGACGGCGCUUAUGAACGCGGCGCAGGGCGGGCAUUGCGAGGUCGUGGAGCUGCUCCUCGCCGCCGGCGCGAGCGUGCGCCUCAAAAAGGAGGACGGCUUCGACGCCCUCCUCCUCGCCGCCAACGGCAGCCACGCCGACGCGGUCGAUUCGCUCCUCCUCGCCGGCGCCGACCCGAGCAGCAGAGACUCGAGGGGGCGCACGGCCGCAGACAUGAUCGCGGAGCAGCAGCGGCUCCGCGGGCCGACGCGCGCCAUGUCCGACAAGAACAAGUGGUUCAUGCCCCUCGACGAGCCCUCCGCCGACAAGGCCCGCCACCCGAGCGGCCGCCGCCUCCGCCCGCCCUCGAUCGGCAGGACGCCGACCAGCGUCUUCGAGCGGAUGUACACCUCCUUCCAGCGCCUCUCCAGCGACCUCCCCUUCUCCGAGCCGAGCGACGGCGGGAGCGACGGCAUCGCCUCUCCUAGCGUGAGCCUCGCGUGCAGCCGUGGCGCUUCCACAGAGCCUCGGGCAGGGCGGGGCCCCUCUGUGCGGGCCGCGGCUGAUGCUCAAACGGAUCGGUUCUAA